GGACCUGACAGAGUGGACUCAGCCCUCUGUCACAGUACCAUCUGCGCCUCCGCAGACCACUGUCUCCCUUCCUACCUCUCCGCAACUACCGACACGUCGAGCCAUUCACUCAGCCCGUUGCAACGAACAGCUUGCGACUCACAAGGACGUUGUGUCCUCCCUUCUGGACUUGAGCAUGCUCCAGGCUCGUCAGGAGCGACUCACCCUCCAUGUCGCUGCACUGCAUCGCCUUCUCGUCAUCCUCUCUGACCCUGAUCGCACCCUCCCGAUCAUCCCAGUACGACUCGGGACCUCCACGAGGGUGUACUUAGCGCUCUGGGAUUCUGGUUCUCAGGGCAACUUCAUUCACCCACGUGUGGGGAAGGAAGCACGCUUACCCACGACAGGGUCUCUGACUCCCAUCUUCGUCACCCUAGGAGAUGACAAGACACAGCGCUUCUUCGAUCAGACGGUCACCGACCUCCCUUUCUUCCUCACUCUGGAGUCGACUGAUCAUCCCCCGACGUCUCGUCAUCACCGCUCCUCUGCACAUUUUGAUGUGAUGGAAACGGGGUACGACUUCAUUCUCGGUACUCCGUGGUCUCGUAGGUUUCGUAGCACCAAGGCCGAUUGGGCGACCAACACUCUCGUGCUCAGAACGAAGUGUGGACAGACGUAUCGCGUACCUUUUAUAUGUACCACUGCGACACCACAUCCUGAUCCUCCUCCCCCGGAGCCUUCCGUGCCCACACCAUUUCCCACUAUCACCGUCACCUCGCCUCGGCAGUUCGCCCACUUCAUCCAACAGGACGACGUCACCUUCUUUACGGUGAACAUUACGCAUCUCUUGCACUAUGAUCCACACUGUCCAGAUGCCGAGCUCAUCUCCCUAGAGUCAGAUCCUCCUUCUUUCUCUAUGGCUUCCAUCUCUACUUCCCUCCCUCCGCCAUCCAUUGAGUCCGCCUCGUCGUCGCGAGCCGACGCUGACGCUGAGGAACUCACACGCUAUACGGCCGACCUGGAGCCUGUAGUUCGUGACCUCAUUCGAGAGUACCAUGACGUUUUCCCAUCGUCAUUCUCGUACGCCGGCAUCCCACCGAUGCGCGACAUCGAGCACUCCAUCCAGCUUGUGCUUGACUAUCGUGUCCAUCACCAAGCACCCUACAGACUCUCGAUCCCCGAGGUCACUGAACUCAAGCGUCAGCUUGAGGAACUCCUGAGACAAGGUUUCAUUAAACCCAGCAACUCCCCGUGGGGUGCACCCGUCCUCUUUGCUCGCGAAGUGGAUGAAACUCCUUGUCUCUGCAUCGAUUAUCGCGGUCUCAACCGCUACAGCCAUACCCUUGAGGAGCAUCUCAGACACCUCCACGGCGUCCUUGACCGCUUGCACAGACAUGGCUUCUACGCCAAGCUGAGCAAGUGCCGCUUUACCCAACGCAAACUGGAUUUCUUAGGACACUACGUGUCUAACCAGUGUCUCCACAUGGAUGACUCGAAGAUCACUGCUAUCAUUCGACUUGCUGCCAUCUCGAUCACCACCGUCCACCACUCGGUGAUUGACGAGUUUCGCACUCAGUACCGCCAUUCCCUCGACUAUCGUGACAUCCAUGUGACUCUUCGGAGUGGCAAAACCGUCCCGAACUACUCUCUCGGGGACAACGGUUUUGUGUACUGGCACAGUUCACAUGGCACCAUAGAGCCCCGUAUUUGUGUUCCCUCCACUGGACAGCUACGUGUUCGGGCAGUAGCAGAGUUUCAUGACCAGGCAGUCAUCGGUCAUAUGAGCUCCCACAAGACAUUGGUUCAUGUGAGUCGCCUGUACGUCUGGCCGAAGCGCAAGGACUUUGUGAAGGACUACGUCGCAGAGUGUCCCACCUGUCAAGAGGUUUGCUCCAGCCUCUUCCUAUCCCUGAGGGUCGUUGGCAGUCCAUCUCGAUGGACUUUAUCGGUCCUCUUCGUCCUCCGACCCCCCGCGGUCAUGAUGCUAUCCUGGUCAUCAUCGACCGCUUCACAAAGUGCGAUCGAUUUGUUCCGUGUUGUUAUGCCAUCAGUGCACGUGAGGUCGCUGACAUCGUGUUUGACCGAGUUGUGCGUGACCAUGGCUUACCCCUGAGCAUCAUAUCUGACUGUGACCAGCGCUUUACCAACCGAUUCUGGCCACGGCUCCACGAG